AUGCUCCUUUGCAGGUCCCAGUUUGCACUGAAGUUUCUGGACCCUUCCUUUGUGCCGAUCACCAAUUCUUUGACACACGAGCUACAAGAAAAGCCUUCCAGGUGGACCUUUAACAGAACAGCAUUCUUACAUCAAAGGCGAGAAAUUCUUCAGCAUGUUGAUGUGAUAAAAAAUUUUUCUUUGACCAAGAAUAGUGUUCGGAUUGGACAGCUGAUGCAUUAUGAUUAUUCCAGCCAUAAGUAUGUUUUUUCUAUUAGCAAUAACUUCAGAUCAUUGCUUCCAGAUGUCUCACCUAUCCUGAAUAAGCAUUAUAACAUUUGUGCUGUGGUUGGAAAUAGUGGAAUCCUUACAGGGAGUCAGUGUGGACAAGAAAUAGAUAAAUCUGAUUUUGUUUUCCGUUGUAAUUUUGCUCCAACUGAGGCUUUCCAGAGAGAUGUUGGAAGGAAAACCAACCUUACAACCUUCAACCCCAGCAUCCUGGAAAAGUAUUACAACAACCUUUUGACCAUUCAGGAUCGCAAUAACUUUUUUCUAAGUUUAAAAAAGCUUGAUGGGGCCAUUCUUUGGAUCCCAGCUUUUUUCUUCCACACUUCAGCAACCGUCACAAGAACAUUGGUUGACUUCUUUGUUGAGCACAGAGGGCAAUUAAAGGUCCAGUUGGCUUGGCCAGGGAAUAUAAUGCAACAUGUCAACAGGUAUUGGAAAAAUAAACAUUUGUCACCCAAGCGACUGAGCACAGGUAUUCUAAUGUACACCCUUGCUUCUGCUAUAUGUGAAGAAAUCCAUUUGUAUGGCUUUUGGCCAUUUGGAUUUGAUCCCAACACAAGGGAAGACCUCCCGUACCAUUACUAUGAUAAAAAAGGAACAAAGUUUACUACCAAGUGGCAGGAGUCCCACCAGCUGCCUGCAGAGUUCCAGCUGCUCUACAAAAUGCAUGGGGAAGGACUCACUAAACUGACUUUGUCACGUUGUGCCUAA